UUUCUCUCGUCUAACUAUUUCUCCUCAUCUUUUCCUCCGUAUAAUGCCCUCCUCUUUCUAUUUCCAGUACAUGACCUUAAUCUCCAACAAAUUAAGCAUAUUAUAGAUCAAUUUCUGGUGAGGUUUUGGGAGUCUUCCAUGGAAGCCAACCAGCUUGAAGACUCGAAGAGUUCGAGUGAAGAGACUGAUCGAUCAGAGCAAAGCAACGAUGAUAUGGGCACUGGCCUUUCCUACGAGUGUGUGUUUUGCAAGAGAGGGUUCACCACUGCACAAGCCUUAGGGGGGCACAUGAAUAUCCACAGGAAAGAUAGAGCCAAGAGCAGGCCUAGUUCAGUUCCUAUAGUUUCAGGCAAAGUUGAUGAUGAGAAUUACGCAAGCCCUAGCUCCUAUUCCUAUCAGCCAAUCCAAAGCUAUCUGCCACAUUAUUCCAUAGCUCCUGAGGAACAUGUAAGUUAUCAAGCUUUUUUCCCAGCUUCAGGUUGGGGUUUUAGACCCCCCCACACACACAACAGUGAUGAAUUGUUUGCAGACAAUUCACAGAAUCUGAAUCCGUUUGGCGAUGAGGAUUGGCCUAGGAAUCUUAGCUUGCGAACCGGUCCAUCCCAUUCCCAUGUAGAUGAUCAUGAAAACAAGAAGACAGAUAUUGGAAGUAGUCAAGAAGAUAAAUUAGACUUGGAGCUACGAUUAGGUCAUGAUCCAUAGUAUACGAUUUAGAU